CAGUCAAUCAGUCAGUCAAUCAGUCAGUCAAUCAGUACCCAACCCAACCAUAGUACCCCCAAAUCAUCUCUUCCAUCUAUUAUAGCCACAUAUCUCGUCUGGUCUUAUUUACAUCACCAUUGCUAGAUAUUAGCGUCACGUCUCUAAGCCUCUCACCCCCUGAAAUAAGCAAAGAUGGCCAUGACCCGCUGGGGCCUGCGUCUGUUUGAGGGAAGUCGAGAUCUUGAUCUUGCAUUGAGCAUUGAUAAAACUUUUGUCACCGACGAAAACCCCAACGGUCUAGGUCUGUUCCACUUGGUCAAUCAGCAUGACCUGAAUGCUCCUCUAGUAGCACUUCUGCACUACCAGACCGCCGAGCAUCAAGAGGCAAUUGCUAAGUACGUCGUCGAGAUACGUACGAAGCUGGACACAGGUCUGGGGAAGAGAUUGAUUAACUACUGGCGUGCAAAAGAAUCCGAAUAUAACGGCAAAUACCGCGUCAUCAUUGUCGGCGCCUUGUUGAUGCGCACUGGCGCCAAGAUUCAGGAAUCGGACAUGCAGCACCUCCGCGAACUGGUCCCACAGGUCAGCUGUAACUAUAUAACAUCGUCAGUCCCAGAAUCUGAUCGAGGCUUCCGCGAGCCGGGCCGAGCCCAAUUCCUUGCCGCCCUUGAAAAUUAUAAGCCUGGAGAGCCUCGAAACUUCGAAGAGCCGAGCUGCUGGCAGUGCGGUAAAGUCCAAGCAGAUAUCGGAAAGGCGUUAAGGAGCUGCGGCCGAUGCAAACAUCCAUGGUACUGCGACAAGGAGUGCCAAAAGGCUCAUUGGAAAAUCCACAAGCCCGCAUGCCAGGCUCAUCCAAAAAUUCAAACCCUGGUGGAGGAAAUCUUCGGCGCAUCGGCUUAGACCACUCGUCAAUUGGCUACGGGUAGGAGUGUUACGAUUGAGACUGUAACAUGGGCGGUUUAAUAUUAGGCUAGGUACCUACACCUAAGUUAACUUCCCCAAGAAACAAAGUGGUUGCUAGAUAAGGAGGUAGUCAAUUGAUCUGAGGAAUUGAUCUGAGUCUCAUCUCGAUUCCUUCAUAUUAAGCAUGAAUAUAAGCAUGAAGGUAAGUAUGAAGGUGGUAGAAGGGUAUACGCCUUUCAACGGGCGAACUGCUCUUGUUGAUGACGUGACUUGCUCUAUUAACCUAAAGUACCUAACCUCUUCUAUAUACAGGCAUAUGUCAUAGGUACUGAAGAUAGAGUAAUUUGAUGUUGCAUUCGGAAACGGUUUCUAGUAGAGGGCCUAGCCCAGCAAAACUCAGUAAUAUUCGCAGC